AUGCCGUCGCCGUCGGUGUGUGCCGUUGCCGCACUUCUCGCCAGUCCAGCACUCGGAAAUCCAACAAGGUCGCUGCUCAACAGAGGCGCAAUGGAAGCCGACACCUCCAAGGCCUCGCAAGUACAAGAUGUCUUUCGCACGGCGUGGAACGGCUAUUAUGACCACGCGUUUCCUCACGACACUCUUUUGCCGCUUACCGGCGGCAACUAUGACGACAGAAACGCAUGGGGUGUGACGCCAAUCGACUCGUUGAGCACGGCGAUCAUCAUGGAGGAGACCGAUAUUGUGAACCAGAUUCUCAAGUACGCGGCCACGGUUGACUUUACCACCACCAAGGAAGUCAACUCGUCCAUCUCCCUGUUUGAAACCAACAUUCGAUACCUCGGCGGACUACUAGCCGGCUACGACUUGUUAAAGGGCCCCAUGAAGAACCUCGUCGACGACACCAACAAGGCCCACGUCGACGCCCUGCUCAAACAGGCCACCACCCUCGCUGACAGUCUCAGCAUCGCCUUUGACACGCCGAGCGGCGUCCCCGACGACGCCGUCUUCCUCAAUCCCACCCGCCGCAUCGGCGGCUCAACCUCCAACGGCCCAGCCGGCUUCGGCACCCUGGUCCUCGAAUGGACACGCCUGAGCGACCUCACGGGCAACAAGACGUAUGCGCAGCUCGCCCAGAAAGCCCAAGAGUACCUCGUCAAGCCAAAGGGCAAGCCCGAGCCGUUCCCCGGCCUCAUCGGGUACACCGUCUCCAUCGCCGACGGCACGUUCCAAGACCAGAGCGGCGGCUGGGGCGGCGGCACCGACAGCUUCUACGAGUACCUCAUCAAGAUGUACCUCUACGACCCGAAAGAGUUCUCCUUCUACAAGGACCGCUGGGUCACGGCCGCCGACUCGACCAUCAAGCACCUCGCCUCGCACCCCACGACCCGAAGCGACUUGACCUUCCUGGCGGGAUACAACGGGCAGACCAUCAACCACUGGUCCGGACACUUGGCCUCCUUCGCCGGCGGCAACUUCAUCCUCGCGGGCGUCGUGCUCAACGAGCCCAAGUACACCGACUUCGGGCUCGCCCUCGCAGCCUCCUACUACGAGACGUACAAGCAGACGCCGGCGCGCAUCGGGCCCGAAGGGUUCCAGUGGGUAGCCGCCGACGGGGGCAGCCCGCCCAACGGCGACCAGGCCGACUUUUACCAAAAGGCCGGCUUCUGGUCCUUCUCGGGCGGGUACAUCCUGCGUCCCGAGACCAUCGAGAGCCUGUACUACGCGUACCGCGUCACCGGGGACAACAAGUACCGCGACAUGGUGUGGGAGGCGUUCACUGCCGUGCGCGACUUGUGCAGGGCCAAGCAUGGCUUCGCGGGGAUCAGGGACGUGAUGAAGAAGGAUGGCGGGGGGCAGGAUAAUUUCCAGCAGAGCUUUUUCCUGGCCGAGACGCUCAAGUAUGCGUAUCUCACGUUUGCGGGGGACUCUGCGGUGCAGUUUCACGGCAAGGGGGGGAACGAGUUUGUGUUUAAUACCGAGGCUCAUCCGUUCAGGGUGCGUCACUGA